UUUAGCCCACCUGUCUUAGAAAACCAAAGCUCACGACAGACAAGUCUCUGUGUCUUUUUAUUAGCCCAUAUAGGCUGUUGAUGUCGAUGACAGUUGGGCGAGGAAAAUGUGAUUCUGGGUUCUCACUUGGCUGCACACUGUUCUUAGCAGCUUGUAACGCUUCCGACAUGGUGCAGCGCGGUGAGCUAUGAUGGCGACGUGACACGGUCCGACUGCGAGUAAAGCGGGAAGGGACACACGCAGUCUUCUGUUUUUCCUCCUCGUCGUGGCGUUUUGUGUUCUCAAGACAUCGAAAGUUCAUGAAAAACGGAGAGCGUCGUUCGUCGUUUGCGGAAUCGUUUUGAAAUGCACUUAUUAAAGCGCUCGCUUUCACAUUUUUCUUUUGCCCGUGAAGGGAGGGGGGGGGCUGCAUCGAUCUCGAAAAGAAUGCCUAUUAAACACAUCGAGCUGGACUCCCUCAAAUAGCCAUCACAAUGAAGGUAGCAGAUGAGCCUGCCUACCUGACUGUGGGGACAGAUGUUAGUGCUAAGUACCGAGGUGCCUUCUGUGAGGCAAAAAUCAAGACUGUUAAACGGAUGGUGAAAGUUAAGGUGGUGCUCAAAGGAGAGAGCACCUCACAAGUUGUACAAGAUGACCAGGUCAAAGGCCCAUUGAGGGUUGGCUCUACAGUGGAAGUAAAGAGCCCAGAGGGGGCAUUUAGCGAAGCUGUCAUCAGUAAACUCACAGAUGCCAGCUGGUACACCGUGGUGUUUGAUGAUGGAGACGAGAAAACGCUUAGAAGGACUUCAUUGUGUCUUAAAGGCGAAAGACACUUUGCAGAGAGUGAGACCCUGGACCAACUGCCUCUGACUAACCCGGAGCACUUUGGCACUCCCGUCAUCGGAAAGAAGACAAAUCGUGGGAGACGCUCUUCUCAAGCUGUUGCGGACGAGGAGAAGGAGUCUUCAUCUAGUGAGGAGGAAGAUGAUGACCGAAGACGGCUGAAUGAUGAUCUGUUGGGGAAGGUCGUCGGUGUGCAGACUGGGCUGGACCGAGCGACCUGGUUCCAUGGCCUGGUGAUCUCGCCCAGCUGCAACGAUGACUUGGCUGUCAAAAAGGACCAAUGCUUAGUGAGAUCAUUUGCUGAUUCUAAAUUUCACACUGUGGCACGUACUGAAAUUUAUGAAAUAACUCUGGACACAAUCUCCAGGGCAGACUGCUCCAGCAAGAAAGGAUUUGAAGAAGCGCUGCUCUUCCUCCAGACCAAGCAGGUCCCUGACGGCUGGAAGAUGGAUAUGAGUGAGAUUCUGGAAUCUUCCAGCAGUGAUGAUGGUGAUGGCAAAGAAAGUGAGGAAGAGGAGAAAGAGCCCGAGCCAGAGGAGCCUGAUGAUGAGCCAGACCCCGAGGAGAGGGACCACUUCCUGCAGCAGCUGUAUAAGUUCAUGGAGGACCGAGGGACACCAAUUAACAAGCCCCCUGUGCUGGGCUACAAGGACCUGAAUCUCUUCAAACUCUUCAGGCUGGUGCACCAGCACGGCGGUUGUGAUAGUAUUGAGAGUGGAUCUGUUUGGAAACAGGUCUAUAUGGAUUUGGGCAUCCCUGUCCUGAAUUCAGCUGCUUCUUAUAAUGUGAAAACAGCAUACAGAAAGUACCUGUAUGGCUUCGAGGAGUAUUGCCGCUCCGCACAGAUCCAGUUCCGGACAGUGCACCACAACGAUCCUCGACCUGUCGCCCGGCAGGAGCCAAAGAGAGAGGAGGAGGAGGAAGAGGAGGAGGAGGAAGAGGAGGAGGAGGAGGAAGAAGAAGAAGAGGAGGAGGAGGAGGAAGAGGAGGAAGAGCGUGAGGUUGGUGAGGACAAAGGCGACCUGAGCCUACAGGCUAGCGCCGAGGCCGAGCCGAGCACGGAGAAGACCGACGGGGACGAGUCAGAACACGAGGCAGAGGAGGAGAGAGGCCUCAGGGACGUCUGCUCCCCCAGGGGCCGGCGGCGCUGCACGGUGACGCCUGUGAAAACGGAGGUGAAGGAGCCUGUCAGACAGGAGCGAGUGAAGGAGGAGGCACGUGGUGGAGAAGGCAGCGGGGAGGAGCAGAAGGAGAAGCUGGAUGGAGAUCAUCCGGGCAAGAGACGCAGCCGGCGCCCGGAGGAGUCUGACAAAGACUCUGAGGAAGAGGAGCUGGAGGAGGAGGAAGAUGAGGAAGAGGAAAGUGAAAGGCCCAGACUCAGAGAAAGAGAGGAGAGGGAGGGGGAAGAGGGGUAUGAAGAGUCCGAGCACUCCGUCACUGGGACAAAAGUCAAAGUGAAAUAUGGCAAAGGAAAAACACAAAAGAUCUACGAGGCCAACAUUAAGAACACAGAGACGGAUGAUGGAGAAGUCCUUUAUCUGGUCCACUACUAUGGAUGGAAUGUGAGGUACGAUGAGUGGGUGAAGGCGGACAGAAUAAUAUGGCCUGUUGAUAAAGGAGGGACGAAGAAAAAGCAGAAAAAGAAAGUCAAGAACAAAGACGACGUCGAGAAGGAGGACGACAAGCAGGCCAAAAUGGCCGUGAAGCGAGGCCGUCCACCGCUGAAGUCCACCCCUCCCGUGGUGUCCCGCAGCGUGUCCAAAACGCCCAGCGGUGAGGGCAGACCGGGCAGCAAAAGCUCCCGCCUCUCAGACCCCUCCAGCCUACCAAACGGCGACGGAACUCCUCGCAGACGUACCAGGAGAACCUCUGGAAUGUAUGAUUCUGACAGGGCAUCUAAUGAUUCGGGGAACUCUUCAGAGGAGAGCGAGGGUGAGGAUUCUCCUGAGAAGAAGCCUGAAUGGGUGGAGCUGACUGACCCUGCCACCGCACGCAAGCAAGAGGAGGAAGAGGAAAGGCUGGAGGAGGAAAGCCGUGCGGAGGCCGCCCAAGCGCAUCCCCAGCCAGCAUGUCCCAGCAGCCCUCGAGAGAAGCCCCAGGAGGGGAGCGAGGCGGAGAAACUGGAGGAAGAACCGGCUGUGCUGCUGGAACCUGAGGACAAAUCUCCGAAGUCCAGAACAAAGAGAGCUCGCGCGAGGGACCCCGGGUCGGAGCCUUCCACGCAGCUGCCUGCUACUCCAGGCCCUGCAGAGCCUGAGAUGCCCUGCGCUCUGCUGCGCCUUGCCAAGAAGCCUCCGGAGCCUGGCCACAGCAGCCCAGACGCAGCCGACUCUGACACUGACUCGGCCACGGAGGACAUCGGUCCUCCGGAGAGAAGCUGCCUAGCCAAGCGCAAGGCCCCUGAGCACAGGACUCCAGACAAGAAGGUUCGUCUGGACCGCAAGGAGGAGCCCAAGGCCUCAUCGCCAGAGAAAAGGCCUGACGCGGAGGGUCGGACGGGGGCCGUGGAGGAGCCGGAGGAGCCCCCUGUGCCGGCAGCACGGGCGGUGGCUCCUGCUGAGGAGCCUGAGGUGAAAACGGAGAUGCCUGCUCUCACAAGAGAAGUCCAGAUCCGAGUGGAGCCUUUGCCCGACUUGGGCAUGAUGAAGGAGGAUGCGUCGGCGGGCACCGACGACGAGCUGAUGCCCCAGAUCGGCCCAGAGGCACUGGUGUGCCACGAGGUGGACCUGGACGACCCCGAGGAGAAGGAGAAGCCCGCAGGAGAGGAGUUCCCAGCGCUGAGGGAGGAGCAGGCCCUCGCUCUUACUCCCGCCGCGGCCCCAAUGCCACCCUUGCAGACCUCCUCCGCUCACCUCCCCCUCAGCCUCCCGGGAGCAGGGCCACCACGCCUGUGCUCGCCUGCCUCCGCACCGAGCCCAGAUGAGUCGCACAGCACGAGGAGCGAGAGCGAUGCCACCGUCGAAGUAGACAGCGUAGCCGAGUCGCAGGAGGGCCUUGCCGAGAGCGGCUCGCCCCACGGCUUUGAUGCCAGCGCCAGCUCCAGCACCUCCAGCAUCUCCCUGCAGGAGAGGGAUGGCAAGGACAGAGGUCAGAAGAGGUUGCUGGACUGCAAUGUCAACUCUCCGGCCAAGAAACCGAAGCGCAACCAGAAACGGCUGAGCACGGCGGCCAGCGCAGAGAAAAACGGAGCAGGUCACAGCAGUGACAGUGAAGACCUGCCGGUCAUGGACACAGCGAGUAAGCUGACCCCAGUGAAACACUCCAGCAUGGCCAAGCCCCAGAAACUCUCCCGCUCGCCUGGCCUUGCGUCUCCCAGUAGCAAAGACCUGGAGAAGGACAAGCACAAAGAGAAGCAGUCCUUCCCCUCGCCACGCACCUACAAGUGGACCUUCCAGCUGAAUGAGCUGGACAACAUGUCUAGUGCUGAGAGAAUUUCUUUCCUCCAAGACAAACUGCAGGAAAUCAGGAAGUACUACAUGUCCCUGAAGUCUGAGGUGGCCUCUAUUGACAGGCGACGGAAAAGAUUAAAAAAGAAGGAGAGAGAAGUGUCCCACACCACAGCCUCCACAUCUUCUGGCUCGUCUGACACGGGCAUGAGCCCCUCCUCGGCCUCCCCCACGCAGAACACUGUGGCUGUUGAGUGCAGGUGAUGGAUGCCUCAUCUCUCCACCCCCCACCCUGCCCACCUCUGCCUUCUCAGCAUUCUGCUGCCUCCACGGAGACGUGCAUACUGAUGAGCCAGAGCAAGCGGCCAAUAGCACUCGACUGCCCUGUCUUCCCCCACCACGUACUUUCCUGUCCCUUGAUUCCACCUUGUGGCCACUCCCACCUCCUGCACUUUUUAAACUGAUCCUGCCUCUUGCUCCCUCUCGUUGCCACUUUCAGCGUCAGGAAAAGGAAAUGGACUCCAUCUGAGGGUUGAAUGUAUUAAAAAAUACAGCUAAUAUCCAUCCACAGACAGUAUAAUGGCACUUUUUUGUCCUCUCGGCAAGGCCUGUGUACCGUGGGCUGGUUUGGAUGCAGUAUUCAAUCACUCAUAUAUUCUAUCAUAAAAGAAGAAUCCCAGAUUACGGUCCCUGUACAGGUAUGGUCACUUAACCAGCUGGAUAUGGUUAGCUUAAAAAAAAAA